UACAAGAACUGUGUUGUUCUCAAGGUGGUUAAAGGAGAGGUUUCUGCCUCAGAUCUACUAAUUCAGUUGAAUGGGAUCUUUUGUAAGAACAAAGAGUGGCCAUGGCAAAUCAGAGAGUUGGAGAACAAGAAGUUCCUGCUGAGAUUUCCCCCUUGGAAAAAUGUAGAUGACCUAAUUGAAUUUCCUCCAUUUGAAUUGCCAAUUGCUGGUGUAUCUGUCAAAAUCUGUGAGUGGGAAGGAAUGUUAGAUGAGUUUGGAGCACUGACUGAGGCCUGGGUACAGAUUGAAGGAAUUCCACCUAGGUGGUGCGCCUGGAAAGUUUUUGCCCAGAUCACAGCGUGCUUUGGGAUACUGGUGGAUGUUGACUAGAAUGGGAUUUUCAGGAGUUUCUAUGAGAUUAUUCGAGUCAAAGUCGCCUACAGAGAUCCCAGAAAGAUUCCUUUUGAGAGAUUGGUGGAGAUGAAAAAGAAACUAUAUCUGUUGUUCUUUAUAGUGGAAGGGUUCGAGCAAAGUGGUGAAGAUGCUGAUGGAGGGGAUGAUGAUCCAGAUCAGGAUAACCUUGAGGGAAAUGAAGAAAACGACAAUAAAGAUGCUGAAGACAAGGAAGGAAUGGAAGAAGACAAUGAGGAGGCGAUUGAUGAACUGGACAAGGCCAACUUUCCUACCAAGACAGGCACACCUUCUAACUCGAACAAAAACAUGUCUCAAAUGGCUGCUUCUGCAGUGGAAGUCCAUCAGGUCGACAUGAAUGAUGCAAUGCAAGGAGAGAUCAAUGGUGACCUCGAAGAUUGGACCCCAAUGAAGGAUGAUGGAAGUGAAACUAAGCCAACUUCUAGGUUUGAAAAGUCUAAUGCUCUGUCAGUCCAUUUGGACUACUGCUCGGAACAGCUUAGUAAGUUUGAGAUGGAGGAAUCUGAUGUGGAAGAGGAAAACAUCAAUAUGGAUACAGAAUGCUUACCUGAAGACCUAGCAUUGGCAAUGAAUUCGGUCAAAAGAUCACUAUUGGAAUCACUGGAGAAAGCAGACACUGUGGUCAAGAAGAAACUCAACAUCAAAAACUCACCUACAUGGGGCCCGGUGCUGGCUGUAAACCUAUAACCAGAAAACAUGGAGAUGUAAAGAUUAUGGACAAGGCUGCUGCAUACAUGAUGAAGAAGAACUUGGAAAUACCAGCCACAUUUAAAGGGGCGCAAGUGGAAAAAUGUGAAAUGCAUUCUUGCAAAACUAAGCUGCUUUUUACACCAAUGGAUGGUUCUUUGCGACGAUGGGCAAGCAAAGCUUCUACAAUGAUGCAUCCUACUGCUGGACAAACGGCGUGGGGAACUCCUCCGGAUUGCUUGGAAGUGAGGCUGGGGGGGACCAACUGAAAAUCGGGGCGAUGGAGAUAGUGGAGCAUCCCUGGAGCUCUGAUUUGGACCCAUUUUUC